AUGAUGUAAAUGAUCAUCAUCUGUGUCAUAUUCAGCUACAUUCAAUACAUACUAAGGUACAGUACAUGAACAUGCAAUGAUCGCAGUUACAUAAAACUUGUGACACAGAGGUUCACAAUUAACGUCAUCGUAUUGGGUAAACAUUUGAAGAUACCUUGAGCAAACUUUCUCUUUUCUUUUGAGGACAAAAGACCUCAGCGAGAGUCCAGACCCUGAGUCCAGACAAGUGCCAAGAAUAAAUGCAUUGUCAUACAAAUGGUUUCCCGUAUCUCCGAGCUUCUGUUGAUAGCCGUGUGUUUGGUAGUGGCACGCCUGUGCGGUCAUGUAGAACAGGAAUAUUGAACCACUUUUAUCACUUCAUUUUGGAAGGUUCCUGCUGAAGUUUCUACCAAAAAACCUACAACUAGAUAGUCAAUGGCCAGCCAGUUUGGAGGAGUGGACAUCUGGAAUAUAGGGAGAGGUCGACAUUGACAUAAGCGAAUGGUAUCAAUACUGAUAUCAGCCUAUGUGAUCUACAAAUAAAUAAUUAAUUGUUACUGAUUCGUGCAUUUGACCAUUUACGUUCAAUUAACCUCCACGAUUUGAGAGUCAACUGGACCGAUAAAAAGGGAAUACCAUUGAAAAAGUUCAAAGCGUUGAAGGUACAACAACAUAUUUGACAGCUGAUUGGAAGUAAGAGUGUUUUUACGACGGAUAUGACUGUAAACACUAAUCAGGGUUAAUCAACUCAUUAUGUGUGAGUUUUGACAGUCAACAAUUCUAUUUCCAUCAGAUAGCAUAACACAAAUGACAACCCGGAAAAGGCACUGAUCAGUUGAUUUUUAUUUCUCUGAUUAGCUUUAUGGAUAGGGACCAUGGUGGAUCGGAUGAGGGGCUAGGGAAUGUCUCAUCAAGCAGCGAUGACAGCAAUAUCAACGACCUCCGACAUCUCAUCUACGAUCAAGACAGGCGAUGCGCCAGUCCCAUCAUCGGUGUCUCAACAUUGAUGCCGUCAAGACUUCUCCCCUCGAUCACGGAAUCGAUGGCGGACGACGAAGCAUCGAACGUCAGCACGAACACCAGUCCUGGUGGGCUGCGUUUGAGGUCAAACCAUGGUGCAACCAGAAACGUGAGUGGUGAGAAUGGAAUUCCGAUGAAUGAUCUCAGCAGCGAUGUGGGCUAUCAGCAACCAUCGGCGAUGUCGGUCUCCACCACGAUGUUCACCGACAGUCGUCCAGAACGCUCGCGUAAAGUCAUCUCCAACUCGAAAUUCGAUUUUAGACAGAAGAAUAGACAAUCGUUUGCCAAUUUUCGAAACGCCGGGACGUACCCUGAAUCUAAAGGUGAUGAAGGUUGGAAGGUGAACCAGGGCUUCGACGAUCCGGCUGUUGAUGAAGAGUUACGAAAAGUCAAGAAGACGAAGGAAGGGUUCUUUCACGACGUCAAAUCUAAAAUUCAGAAGACAACCAAGAACAAUAAGUUGAAUAAAAUCUAUUCACCUUUGCUGAUUGUCAAUUUGACGGAAGCUGUUCGAAGUGGUGACCUUAAAGAUCUGAGAAACCUUCUCGAUGAGAAUAUUUCAUUCAAUGUAAAUAAACUCGACAAGAACAACUUGGCCUUACUCCAUCAUGCCUCCAUCAACAACCGGGAUUUUAUCGCCAGGGAAUUGCUUAGCAGAGGAGCAGAUGUUGAUGUGACUGAGCUUGACAUAAAGGCAACCCCACUCCAUGCUGCUGCUCGUAUGAACAGUGCCGACGUCGCCCACGUACUCCUAGCACGAUGCGCUGAUGUCAAUAAACGAACCACCGGUGGUAUGACACCGCUCCACAUCAGUGCGAGGAGGGGGCAUGUUGAGAUUACGAAGAUUCUGGUGACGCUCGGAAAGGCAGACGUUAGUGCCAUUGAUAAUGACGAAUGUACACCUCUACAUUUAGCUGCUACGAAUGGAAGUAUGGGCGUAUGCAAGUUACUCGUUGAGCACGGAGCCUACAUCAGAGCUAAAGAUGCAAACUAUUACACACCUUUGAUGAAAGCAGUGAUGAACGGACAUAUCGACCUCAUUAAUAUGUUCCUUGAAACAGCUAAAAAGACGUGUAUACCAGUGGGUGAUUAUCUGAUGGAUGAAGAUAAUGAGAGUAAUACAUCUUUACAUCUUGCUGUCUCUAAGAGAAGAACAGAGGUAAUUCAACGAUUACUAGACAACGGGGUUGAUGUGAACGUUAGGAAGAAGAAUGGAAUGACUCCGAUCCACAUUGCGGCAAUGAACGGGGCUACGACCACGGUUAUGCAGCUGAUCGAGAACGGAGCCGACAUCGACAUGAAGGAUAAUGAAGGCAUGACGCCACUGCACAGGGCCACUGUUUAUAACCGCGUGGAGACCAUGGCCGUGCUCAUCCACGAAGGAGCCCUGGUCGAUGAUAUCGAUAAUAACAGCUUUACGCCUCUUCUCUGCGCUGCAUGGAAAGGUCAUACACCGGCAGGAGAGCUUCUCCUUACCAGAGGCGCGCAGGUGUUUGUAUUCGACGUGCACAACAAAUCACCCUUACAUUGGGCUGCGGAGAUGGAUCAUCCAAGCUUUCUAGAAUUUAUUCUCAAACAUGGCGGAUAUGGCUUACUCAAUUUAACUGAUCAUUACGAUCAAACACCACUCCAUUACGCUGCCGAAGCUGGUAAUGUGGAUAUGAUAAAAUUAUUGCUCAAAUACGAAGCUCAGGGUGAAGUUCGCGAUGUCCUUGGAAAGUCACCAGUCCACAUCGCAGCUCAAGCUGGUUAUGUUGCCUGCGUGGAGGAACUCUUGGACCACAUCCCAAUGCUUCUCAAUGAUGACGAUGGGGAUGGCAUGACACCGCUUCUUACCAGUUGUUUCUUCGGACGCCAUGAUCUGGUUCGUCAGCUCUUGAAGAUGGGUGCUGACAUUACCAAUGUCAAUGACGAACAUAGGACUGCACUGAUGCUAGCAGCCGUCAACAACCAUGUGGAAACAAUGAGUAUCCUCAUCGAACACAACUGCGAUAUCCAUGCUAUUGAUAAAGAUAAGAACAAUGCUCUUCAUGUGUGUUGUGAUGCUGGUCACAUAGCAGCAGCUAACCUGUUAAUCCGAGCCGGAGCUGACCAAUCAGCAUCAAACAACGAAGGUUUCACUCCUCUUGAGCUAGCCAUUGAGAGAGAACAGGGAGAGAUUGCUGCGGCUAUCAUCAAAAGCAAAGACUGGAGGAUUGCGAUGCAGAGUAAGGAUGAAUUGAUGAUCUCGCCGAUGAAAUCCCUCAUCGAAAAGCUUCCCGACGUCGCCCUCCUUGUCAUGGACCGAUGCGUUCAUAAGACAUACAAGAACCCUCAUUGCCCGUCCUAUCACGUGAAAUACGAGUAUCAGUACAUUGACCCUGGACCGGACGACGAGUCUACAAAAUCAAAUGGUUAUAGAUACUUCGCCAUCAGGACCAUGUGCCAAUAUGGACGAGAGAAACUCCUUGGUCACGAUUUAUGUCAAAGCAUCCUCAAAAGAAAAUGGGUUAGAUUCGGUCGUGUGUUCUAUUACCUUGAUCUUUUCUUCUACGUCAUGUUCCUGGCUUUGAUGACGACAUACACCAUCAUCACCCAAAUUCUUCCAGAGUUUUAUCAGUUCCUUAUACUAUCAGAGACGGACAUCAACUGCCCCUAUUUCAACGUGACUGCAGCCCCAUUUAUAUUGGAGUACUCCUUCUUGGAUGCGUCGACCGACCACUUCUACUUCAUUGACGGUACUCCAUAUUUGAUAUCUUACAUGGUGUUAGCCUACUGCCUGUCUGUUAUCGUUGGAGAAUUGGGAGAAAUUUAUGUCGUGCGGCUGAAAUAUUUCACGGACCUGUCGAACGCUAUUGACUGGGUGAACCUGGUGACAGCGAUGGUAUUUGUCUAUCCACCGGGGAGGCAACUCUGCUAUCGUAAUUGGACUGCUGGAAUCAUGUCCAUCUUCUUCUCCUGGAUGAAGUUCAUCCUCUACUUCAAGGGUUUCAAGACAACCGGUCUUUAUGUGCUGAUGUUUAUGGAGACUCUUAAAUCUUUACUCAAGGCUAUGUCGGUGUACGUCAUGUUUGUAGUCGCAUUUGCAGUUACCUUCCAGAUGUGCCUCUACCAAGUGUACCGAUUUUCUACCAGUGAGCAGUCUUUCCUGACAGUCAUAACGAUGAUGUUGGGCGAAUUUAAUAAGGACGAUAUCUUCAACGCUGAUCAAUCCCUUGCUCCUUACGGUGUUAUGGUGUACGUGCUGUUCAUGACCUUUCUUUUCCUUAUGCCUAUGGUCAUCAAUAAUCUGACGAUUGGUAUUGCUGUUGGAGAUAUCGAAGGUAUUCAGAAGAAGGCCUUCAUAAAGAGAAAUUCUAUUCAGGCGGAUUACGUCUAUCAUUUGGAAGGAAAGUUUCCCCUGUGGCUUCAACGGUUGCUCUAUCAACCUGAUUUCAUUGUGAAGGUUACUAAGAACAGACUAAAAUAUCUCUCAUGGUUCUUUCCCAAGGAAGACGCGGCAUUUGUAGAGACAGAUGACAAAUCAGAACCAAGAAAUUCAGAACAUGUACUGGAAGAGCUGCAGAGACAUAAAGCAGCAUUGUCGUCGUUGAAGCUGAUGAUGAAGCAGCAAGGUGAUAUUUUGAGACGGAUGGCAGAUAAGGAUGGUGUCCAAUCCCGCUUACAGGACUUCGAAGCCCUGGACGAACUCUACGAUGAUCCCCCGGCCGAUGAGGACGAUAAAAAUGACCCGACCUCGUCUGUUGCGUAGUCAAUGAAAAAGAAGAAGAAGAUUGAGAAGAAGUAGUAGAAGAAGAAGAAGAAGGGGAGGGUGGUGUCAGGAUAAUGCAUUUGCCCAUUGACAUGGUUGAUGUUUAUAAUUAUAUUCUCCUUUUUUUAGUUGUUCCAAACUAGAAAUGAAGUUUGGGAACGUACCUUCAAAUUAAGAACUAUACAAAUUGCUUGGGAGUCUUUCAUGACAUUGCAGAAAGAACCUCUUUUUAAACCUAGAAACCAAAUCAUCGUCAAAUCUGUAUCAUCGAUAUGCCUUUCAUAGUGACUUUUGUUUUAUGACUAUUGACCUUGUAAUAUCAGAUUUUAGUGCACUUUGCCAAGGUUGACAUUAGUUAACUUAUACGGAUCAUGCGUGGUCUAAUCUAAUCUAGUCCAUAUUCGAGAUGUAAAGCGUGCAUUAUAUUUCAUGGGGUUGCAACGCCAUUUUGUGUUAUACGUGAUUCCCACGAUCCAUUGUUUAUUGGAGAAAAAUGACACGUUUCAACGUGCAAAAUUUCAUUUUGUUUGAUAAAAGAAAGUUUCCGUUAUUCUUUAAUAGCCUAAUAGAAUGCAUUCUUAUUUUAUCGUUGUGUAUGCAAUUGUGAUGUAAAGGGAUCAAAUAAAGGAAGGAGCGUUUCCAGGGUUGUAUAACAGGAAGGUCGAGGGGAGGAGCACAUAAUUUUGGCAAGCAAUUAAGGGGUCUUUACUUGGAAAAAAUGACCUUAUUUUCAUCCUCACAAGAUUUUCUUCGUAUAAAUAUUUAGGUGAGAAAAAGUUAGAUUUUGCAAGUUUAUUGUACCUUUGUUCAAUAUUUUUUGUAUGAUAAUGAUGUAAAGACAUGGGCUUGUUCUAGCACCAUAAUUAAUUCCUCAAAAUUAACCUUCUCAAUAUGUUAUUUUUGUUGCGUUACAAAAGUCAGUGAUUGUAGAAUCAUUUUUACCUUUUUUAUAAGAAUAUCUCAAAGCAUUGCAUGCAUGUACAGAUGUCAAGAAUAUGACUACCUCCUAUUUAACUCACAUUUGGAUAUGUUUCGUUUUCAUGAUUGUCUGCUAUGUCUAUCACAUUAAUUGUACUGUCUUUUUGAUAAUAUGCAGAAGAAACAUCGUCUUGUUUUGCUUUUCAUAUUAUUAUCUUAUCGCUUCGUUCUCAAGAGACUGAGAAAAGUGUUUUGUGGAUUGCAUAGUUUUGGGGAAUCACAGCGGAGCAAGGAGUGUGCAGUUAGGCAUAAUUAUAUAAUGAAAAUGAUGGGCAUGUUUACAAUAAAAAGGGGCGAGCGCGAAGCACGAGUUGAAUCUUUUUGACAUUUCAAUAGAAAUGUUGAAAUUUUAAUAAAGAAAACACUAACCAACAAAAAACAAUACGAACGCGAAGCGCAAACAGAACUUUCUUAAUAUACUGACUUGAAAAAGACCUUGUUAAAUGCUGAUGGGUUGGCCUCACACAAGGUUUCUUCCUUUUUGGUCAUUACCUUCCUCACUUUCUUUAAUUUGAUUUUCAUUGAAUUUACAUUGUCUAUUUUUUAUGUAUUUUUAUCUUGAUCUCUUGAGGAGAAAUAAAUGAAACUUGAAACUGA